AUGGAUCGCAGCCGCACAGUCAGUGGGGGGCACUCCGACAAUGCGCCAUUGAUCAGCUCCGCUGAACCACUCAGCUACGACAGUGGUGAUGUAGCGAUGCAGCAUGUCGACGACGCAUCAUACUCGCCAUCCAACUCACCAAUGCACACACCAUCAAUGGUCCAGUCUCCAGAUAUCAUAGAGUCUAAGGGCGGAUUCUACGCCAGCGUAGGCAGCCCCAGCUCCACCUUUGACGUUGAAGACGGGACUCAUCACCACAAACACCACCACCGCGUCAAGCGAUUUGACCACAAGGAGGCCCGGAAAACGCUCCUGAAGACGGGCGCGAUGAAGCUCCUCGUAACCCUCUUCUUCAGUGCAGCGAUGUGCAUCACACUCAAAUGCUGGGAAGGAUGGCGCCGUCCUGUUGUCCUCUCCAAAAAAGAUAUCCGAAUCUUCAACUCGCUCACGCUCGGCCUCUCACUAUGUCUGGGUCUGAACAUCUUGGCCUCGUUGAAGCACUAUGCAUCAGUGUUUCGAUGGUCGUUUCUCACCAGACGAUACGUUAGUUUGGAAGUGUUCGACCUCAUCUUACACCUGAGCUCGCUUGCCAAGGUCACGAAGCUGAUGAUUAUCUCUUCACCCGGUUUUCGAGGCAAGAAGUGGCUGCGCAAGUUUCGGUGGUUCAAGGACGUGAGAGAUGAUGGGACAAAGUGGAUGUGGCUUGCGUGUUUAGCAUGGUUGGCUGUCAACAUUGGCUCCCAGAUUCUGGUUGCACUACUGAGUCUGUUCUGGCCGAUGGAGAACUCGGCAAUACCGCUCUUGUCUUACGGAAACGUCACUGUAGCCAACUUGAACGAUUGGUACGUUGAUAAUCCUGACAACCCGCCGCGCGAGUUCGACCCCGACACAAGUCUGAUCAACGAGACCUCACUGGAAGCGGCGUGGAUGUUCGGUAUGGAAGCCAUGGCCUACCCUAGCUUCAAUCUCACCGACGACAUGAACGACAUGAUCACCGAUCUCUCCGGUUUACCAGGCACACCCAUUUACAGCGGCAACGGCGCAUGGCAUUACCGCUUCUUCAACCGCGACCCACAACAUCAAUGGCUCAACUACCUCGCCAGCUCGCGCAACAUCACUGCCAAAGCAUCAUGCGAACAACUUGAGCUGCUAGACGGUGAGGUACACGACGUUAAAAAUGAUCCUCUAUACAUCAUGGCGCGUCAGGAAGGCACCGAAGACUAUGUCCGCUACAACGUGACCGAAACGGCCUGGGGAUCUGUGACCUGGAUGGCCUCAGUACCAGAAAAUUGCGGCCCGCGAUGCACAAACUUUACCGUCAUGCAACUCCCAGCCGACCGCGUAAACACCACAUCCCUCUUUCUCUGCAACAACACCCUCAGCAACGUAACGUUCGCCCACGCCCCCAAUGACAUCCUACCUCGCGACCCCAUUGAUUUCGCCGCCGUCUGGGGCAGCGACACCUUCGCCCGUAUAGCUGCUGGUGCAAUAGGCUGGACGGGUAUACCUUGGAACAACUGGUUCGACCGCCAAACUCGGUCCUACAGUCAAGGUACCAAAUGGUCGCCCGCACACAACAUCACCAAAUCAGAAGUCGAAGACCUCCUCAUGCGCUUUACCAUCGGCGCCGUCGCCGCCUUCGAUGACCACGGCAUCCGAUACAACGUCACACACCAAACCGUCGUCCCAUCGCAAGGCCAGCAACUCGACGUAGACUGGUCCUACAUAUUCAGCAUCCUAGGUGGAAUCUGCUUCAUCCAGUUCCUCGCUCUCUGUCUGCUGGGUAUCUUUGCCAACCGCACGAUUGUCCGUGACGAGAGUUUCUUUAGUAUGGCGAUGUUGUUGAAUCCUGUUGUUAGUCGUAUUGGGGGUGAUGCGGCGAUGGUCAUGAGUGGGGAUGAGAUCAAAGACGCGAGGGCGUUAAGAUUUAAGAAGAUCAAAUAUGACUAUCAUGAGGGAGUCAAGGGGGAGCCAAACAAGGUUGCUAUUUUCUUUGAGGGCGAGGAUCGCAGGGAGAGUAGGAAGAGUUGGGCUGCGGGAAGUUAUAGUUAG